AACCGGAGCCCCAGCCCGAACAGCCGGCGGCCAGCAGCGUCCUCGCAAGCCGAGCGCCCAGGCGAGCCAGGAGCCCGCAGCGGCGGCAGGAGCGCGCCGGGCCGCCCGGGAAGCCUCGGUUCCCGCGGCGGCGGCGGCGGCGGCAACAUGGCCUCGGCUGGUAACGCUGCCGAGCCCCAGGACCGCGGCGGCGGCGGCGGCAGCUGCAGCGGGGACCCGGGCCGGCCGGCCGGUGGCGGGAGGCGCAGAAGGACCGGGGGGCUGCGUCGCAACGCCGCGCCGGACUGGGACUAUCUGCACCGGCCCAGCUACUGCGACGCCGCCUUCGCUCUGGAGCAGAUUUCCAAGGGGAAAGCUACUGGCCGGAAAGCGCCGCUGUGGCUGAGAGCGAAGUUUCAGAGACUCCUAUUUAAACUGGGUUGUUACAUUCAAAAAAACUGCGGCAAGUUCUUGGUUGUAGGCCUCCUCAUAUUUGGGGCCUUCGCUGUGGGAUUAAAGGCAGCUAAUCUCGAGACCAACGUGGAGGAGCUGUGGGUGGAAGUUGGUGGGCGAGUAAGUCGUGAAUUAAAUUACACUCGCCAGAAGAUUGGAGAAGAGGCUAUGUUUAAUCCUCAACUCAUGAUUCAGACCCCCAAGGAAGACGGUGCUAAUGUCCUGACCACGGAGGCACUCCGACAGCACCUGGACUCGGCGCUCCAGGCCAGCCGGGUCCAUGUAUAUAUGUAUAACAGGCAAUGGAAAUUGGAACAUUUGUGUUAUAAAUCUGGAGAACUUAUCACAGAAACAGGUUACAUGGAUCAGAUAAUAGAAUAUCUUUACCCUUGUUUAAUUAUUACACCUUUGGACUGCUUCUGGGAAGGGGCGAAGUUACAGUCUGGGACAGCAUACCUACUAGGUAAGCCUCCUUUGCAGUGGACAAACUUUGACCCUUUGGAAUUCCUAGAAGAGUUAAAGAAAAUAAACUAUCAAGUGGACAGCUGGGAGGAAAUGCUGAAUAAGGCUGAAGUUGGUCAUGGUUACAUGGACCGGCCCUGCCUCAAUCCAGCUGAUCCAGACUGCCCUGCCACAGCCCCCAACAAAAAUGCAACCAAACCUCUUGAUAUGGCCCUUGUUUUGAAUGGUGGGUGUCAUGGAUUAUCCAGAAAGUAUAUGCACUGGCAGGAGGAACUGAUUGUGGGUGGCACAGUCAAGAACAGCACUGGAAAGCUUGUCAGUGCCCACGCCUUGCAGACCAUGUUUCAGUUAAUGACUCCCAAGCAAAUGUACGAACACUUCAAGGGUUAUGAGUAUGUCUCGCACAUCAACUGGAACGAGGACAAGGCAGCAGCCAUCCUGGAGGCUUGGCAGAGGACGUAUGUGGAGGUAGUUCAUCAAAGCGUCACUCAGAACUCCACUCAGAAGGUGCUUUCCUUUACCACGACGACCCUGGACGACAUCCUCAAGUCCUUCUCUGAUGUCAGCGUCAUCCGAGUGGCCAGUGGCUAUUUACUGAUGCUUGCCUAUGCCUGUUUAACCAUGCUGCGCUGGGACUGCUCCAAGUCCCAGGGUGCCGUGGGGCUGGCUGGUGUCCUGUUGGUUGCACUGUCAGUGGCUGCAGGAUUGGGCCUGUGCUCAUUGAUCGGGAUUUCCUUUAAUGCUGCAACAACUCAGGUUUUGCCAUUUCUUGCUCUUGGCGUUGGUGUGGAUGAUGUUUUCCUUCUGGCGCAUGCAUUUAGUGAAACAGGACAGAAUAAAAGAAUCCCUUUUGAGGACAGGACCGGGGAGUGUCUCAAGCGCACGGGAGCCAGCGUGGCCCUCACAUCCAUCAGCAACGUCACGGCCUUCUUUAUGGCUGCGUUGAUCCCGAUUCCCGCACUGCGGGCGUUCUCCCUUCAGGCGGCUGUAGUAGUGGUAUUCAAUUUUGCUAUGGUUCUGCUGAUUUUUCCUGCAAUUCUCAGCAUGGAUUUGUAUCGACGUGAGGACAGGAGAUUGGAUAUUUUCUGCUGUUUUACAAGCCCCUGUGUCAGCAGAGUGAUUCAGGUUGAACCCCAGGCCUACACAGAGACUCACAAUAGCACCCGCUACAGCCCCCCGCCCCCCUACAGCAGCCACAGCUUCGCCCACGAAACCCAGAUCACCAUGCAAUCCACGGUGCAGCUCCGCACAGAGUACGACCCACACACGCACGUGUACUACACCACUGCCGAGCCGCGCUCCGAGAUCUCCGUGCAGCCCGUCACCGUGGCCCAGGACACGCUCAGCUGCCAGAGCCCCGAGAGCACCAGCUCCACGAGGGACCUGCUCUCCCAGUUCUCUGACUCUAGCCUCCACUGCCUUGAGCCCCCCUGCAGCAGGUGGACACUCUCAUCUUUUGCCGAGAAGCACUAUGCCCCUUUCCUCUUGAAACCAAAAGCCAAGGUCGUGGUGAUCUUCCUUUUCCUGGGCCUGCUGGGGGUCAGCCUUUAUGGGACCACCCGAGUGCGUGAUGGGCUGGACCUUACAGACAUUGUGCCUCGGGAAACUAGAGAAUAUGACUUUAUCGCUGCACAGUUCAAAUACUUCUCUUUCUACAACAUGUAUAUAGUCACUCAGAAGGCCGACUACCCGAAUAUCCAGCACUUACUUUACGACCUUCAUAAGAGUUUCAGUAACGUGAAGUAUGUCAUGUUGGAAGAAAAUAAACAGCUUCCCAAAAUGUGGCUGCAUUACUUCAGAGACUGGCUCCAAGGACUUCAGGAUGCAUUUGACAGUGACUGGGAAACUGGGAGAAUCAUGCCAAACAAUUACAAAAAUGGAUCAGAUGAUGGGGUCCUUGCCUACAAACUCCUGGUGCAAACCGGCAGCCGUGAUAGCCCAUCGACCAUCAGCCAGCUCACUAAACGGCGCCUGGUGGAUGCAGACGGCAUCAUUAAUCCCAACGCUUUCUACAUCUACCUGACCGCUUGGGUCAGCAACGACCCCGUGGCUUACGCCGCCUCCCAAGCCAACAUCCGGCCUCACCGUCCCGAGUGGGUCCACGACAAAGCCGACUACAUGCCAGAAACCAGGCUGAGAAUCCCAGCAGCAGAGCCCAUCGAAUACGCUCAGUUCCCUUUCUACCUCAACGGCUUGCGUGACACCUCAGACUUCGUUGAAGCAAUUGAAAAAGUCAGAACGAUCUGCAGCAACUACACAAGCCUGGGGCUCUCCAGCUACCCCAACGGCUACCCCUUCCUCUUCUGGGAGCAGUACAUCGGCCUCCGCCACUGGCUCCUCCUGUCCAUCAGCGUGGUGCUGGCCUGCACGUUCCUCGUGUGUGCUGUCUUCCUCCUAAACCCCUGGACGGCCGGGAUCAUUGUGACAGUCUUGGCUUUGAUGACGGUCGAGCUGUUUGGCAUGAUGGGCCUCAUUGGAAUCAAGCUGAGUGCCGUGCCUGUGGUCAUCUUGAUCGCUUCCGUCGGCAUCGGAGUAGAGUUCACCGUUCACGUUGCUCUGGCCUUUCUAACAGCCAUUGGCGAUAAGAACCGCAGGGCCAUGCUCGCCCUGGAGCACAUGUUUGCACCUGUUCUGGAUGGUGCUGUUUCCACUCUGUUAGGAGUGCUGAUGCUUGCAGGAUCCGAGUUUGAUUUCAUUGUCAGGUAUUUCUUUGCUGUCCUGGCAAUCCUAACAAUCCUGGGUGUUCUCAAUGGACUGGUUUUACUGCCAGUCCUUUUGUCCUUCUUUGGACCGUAUCCUGAGGUGUCUCCAGCCAACGGGCUGAACCGGCUGCCCACCCCUUCCCCUGAGCCACCCCCCAGUGUGGUCCGGUUUGCUCUGCCCCCUGGUCACACAAACAACGGGUCUGAUUCCUCUGACUCGGAGUACAGUUCUCAGACGACGGUGUCGGGCAUCAGUGAGGAGCUUCGGCACUACGAGGCCCAGCAGGGCGCCGGGGGCCCUUCCCACCAAGUGAUCGUGGAAGCCACCGAGAACCCUGUCUUCGCCCGCUCCACCGUGGUCCAUCCUGAACCGAGGCAGCACCCACCCUCCAACCCUCGACAGCAGCCCCAUCUGGACUCAGGGUCCCUGCCACCCGGACGGCCAGGCCAGCAGCCCAGAAGAGAGGCCCCCAGAGAAUGCUUGAGGCCGCCCCCUUACAGACCGCGCAGAGACGCUUUCGAAAUUUCUACUGACGGGCAUUCUGGCCCUAGCAAUAGGGACCGCACGGGCCCCCGGGGAGCCCGUUCUCACAACCCUCGGCACCCAGCGUUCACUGCCACGGGCAGCUCCGUGCCCAGCUACUGCCAGCCCAUCACCACCGUGACGGCCUCGGCGUCCGUGACUGUUGCAGUGCACCCCCCGCCCGGGCCCGGUCGGAACCCCCGAGGGGGGCUUCGCCCGGGCUACGAGGACUACCCCGAGACUGACCACGGGCUGUUUGAGGACCCCCACGUGCCUUUUAACGUCCGUUGCGAGAGGAGGGAUCCCAAGGUGGAGGUCAUUGAGCUACAGGACGUGGAAUGUGAGGAGAGGCGCCGGGGCAGCAGCUCCAACUGAGGGUGAGUAAAAUCUGAAGCAAAGAGGCCAAAGAUUGGAAGCCCCUCCCUACCCCUACCCUGCCCCACCAGAACUGCUUGAAGAGAGCUGCGGAGUUAGAAAGGCGUGCUGUGCCAGAUAGCAGUUCGUUGUUACUGUAACUGAUUGUAUUAUUUUGUGAAAUAUUCCUAUAAAUAUUUAAGAGGUGUACACAUAUGUAAUAUACGAAGGAACGGAUGUAAAGUGGUGUGAUCUGGGUUUUCUGCACUCCCGCCUCCAGGGCAGGCGGUGGGGAGACCGCAGCAGAGCCCCUCCCUAUUUGUACGUUGGUCUCUGUGCCACAACCAAGCUUAACUUAGUCUUACAUUUCAGCAUAUGUUGCUGCUGCUUAAAUAUUGUAUAAUUUACCUGUAUAAUUCUAUGCAAAUAUUGCUUAUGUAAUAGGAUUAUUGUGUAAAGGUUUCUGUUUAAAAUAUUUUAAAUUUGCGUAUCACAACCCUGUGGUAGUAUGAAAUGUUACUGUUAACUUUCAAACACGCUAUGCGUGAUAAUUUUGUUGUUUAAUGAGCAAAUAUGAAGAAAGCACGUUAACCCCGGUGGCUUCUCUAGGUGUAGUUGGAUGAGAUUCUCUUGUUUGGCUGUGUGUGUGAACAUGUGUGUGAUUUCCCAAUGUACUGUACUGUGAUUUUUUUUUUCUUUUUUUUCUUUUUACUGUCUGUGAACCCGUGGUGGGCUCUACCUUAGGCCACAAGAGUCAGGAUAUCUCUAGUGCUAGCGCUGGUGGAGGGCUAGCCCUAAACAUCUCCUUAUCCUUUUGCCAGACUCACUUCAAGUUCAGGGCAUCUCUUAAGAUUAUUGGCUGCCAUCCAGACACCCCAACUCGUGCCUCAGAGGAGAUAAGUUCCUUCGCAUGGACCAUUGUGGUGGAUGUUGGAACCUCAGGGUACAGAGCUCACAUCUCUUCAUCUUCAUUGGUAAUUAAAGACCUAGAGAACAUGCGUAGUGGGAGCCUCAGCUGGGCCGUGAGCGUAUCCUCUAAAGUAUGCAGCCUUCAUUGUACCUCUCUUGUAACCAACGCACCACACACACACACACACACACACACACACACACACACUUACA